AGUACAUUCUCAUCCUUGCACGCGGAGAACCCAAUCAUUGGUUCACACAGAUCCUAGCGGAAGCUAGAUAGGUAGCCAUGUCGUCGCUUUGCACAUCGGACACCACAAUGGAACCUCAACUUUUGAUUCCCAACCGCGCAUCUUCGCUCGAGUUUACGAAAAAGCUUAGCAUUUCUAGCCUUCGUAGUCCCGAUACGAGCUCGUCUUCUCUACGCACCAUUCCUAACACUUCAGCACGGAAUAGUGUCCUAGAUGAUGAUUAUUCGUUAGACUACUCGAAGGCAAAAGAUAGCCCAGCGCUUACGUCACCUCGUCUUCCAGAGAGAAGAUUAUACACGCCCGAAACGAGUCAAAGAGCCACAGUGGGCUCUUCAGUUGUCCAAGAUACGAUGUCCUACGUCCAGCGUUGGGCUGGCCUGACGCGUACUGUAGGCAAUUGGGAUGGCUUGCGAAGAGAUCCCGAAUUAUGGGUCGAAGAUGGCGAUUGUUACGUACAUCUCUAUGCGCAAGGAGCAUCUCGUAGAGGGCCAUCUUUUCGUGUACCGUACAGAGCCCUCCGACAGAAGAAGUGCGGUGCCAUGCUCGAUCUCUGCGACGCACACCUCGUAUCGGCCGACGGGGUUUACUUGCAGCAACUGAGCGCAUGCUCUAAUUUCUCCAACAACUCGAAGUACCAAUCAAAUACAGUCGAGCUGUUCGUUCCAUCUCCUGAGCGAGCUUCCCGGCAAGAAUCGUUCCAGUGGCACCUCACCACUCGCAACUUUUUCGCCUUUAUCCUGGGUAAGCCGUUAGUAGGGUUUCACAUGGGCCGGGCGUUCGUAGAUCUUCAAGACAGGAUGCGACUAUUCCGAACCGGGCAAACCAACAACCAUCAAGAUUUUCUCGAAUACGCGGAGUGCCAGGGCUAUCGAGACCUCGUCGAAGUCACCGACUACGCUCUUGCAAGUUUGUUCUACGCCGAACACUAUAAACUGAGAGAUGUUUGGGUUGAUGCAUUUGCUCACUGCGUUGGCAUGAAUGACAGUCUUAUUUGUAGUCCAGAGUACCAACUCAAUUCUAGAUUGACGAAGGCGCUGGUAACGCGAGCUCAUCUCGAAGUCGACGUCCAUCUUGGCCAUGUUUCCGUUGCACUUGGUAGUUUCCUCGAGGAUGACCUCUCUUCAACCUACCUCGGACUCACCGCGGGAACUAGAAGCCAACUGAUCCGGUUUCGCAGAUUUUUGCACAAUUUCUACACCAAGAAGUUCGGCUAUUGGCCACCACCAAGAGGAGCUUCGUUUCCCAAAGCCUUGUACAGAUCCAUGUUCUACGACUUUCAAAACCUGUACGAUUAUCUUGUCGAUUCCGAAUCAUCGAACGAUAUAUUGUUACAGAAGCCGGCCAGCGGCGGCAUAUGUGUACUGCAAAAUGUGGAUAACUUCGACAAACGACAUGGAUUCAUCGCACAACCGCACCCUCUACCUUUGUUACCGAAGGACGCGCCAUCCGGUGGGAGAAUGGAGUUGCAGAACACCUUCAGACAGCUGACCGCUACAUCUCAGUACACCAAAACAAACAGAGUCCAAAACAUGAGCGCUGCUCUCGCAACAGCAACAAAUACGUUCAACACAGACGUUACCAAUUCCAAAAUCGUUCGGGGAUAUAUGCGUUUCGAAGAAACGUGCGCUGAGCAUGUAUUGAGUCAGCGCGAACACAAAGUUUCGGCGGGUGAUGCACGCAAGGUCAGAUGGCUUCUGAUUUAUGGUGUUCUUCAAUACCUAGUCUCCGCGCUUCGUGCGCCAAAGGAAGUCCGCGAUCCGGAUACUCCAGACUAUCCACUGUGCUGUUUCGUAAAUGGAAAGAGCUCAUGGAAUUUCGAAUCUGCAGUGUCAACUCCUACUGCCAUUGCCUCGCCGAUAUACCCACUACCGAUUGAAGACUGUCAUUUUGACUCGGUAGUAAAUUCCCCGAUAGAGCCUGACUGCCAGAGAGAGGACUACUUCACGUCACGCGCCUCGAGCAGACGUGCAUCAGUGGAUCUGUCAGCGCCUCAGAAGCCAGUGUCCCCUAUCCAUCACUCUGGAAUUCGCUCCUUUGGGACUAUGUCGCUCACUGGCCGAAACUCACGCAGAAACAGCCUAACUGCUAAUUCACGCUGCUAUCCCGAUAUCAUGGUCCACGGUCACGUAAAUAGACCAAGUGACAGAAAGUCUAGACCGUCAACUACGGCCAUCCCUCAUCAUGAGCCUGCGUUCCGUUCCCGGCGAUCUUCAAUCGCUGUCUCGCCGAAUGAUACUACUUCUCAAACCUCGUGGCUGAGACCCUUGACACCGCCAGCUCUGCAUAACAAACGAGCCCUGGCGACCGGGAUCUCCCGUCAUGCGGAGGUACCAGCACCGCCUCUACACUCACACCAGUUCGGUCUGCCCAACCAACACACGACUACUGAAGAAGGGAAUCGGCCCCUCAGCCGGUCCGAAAGCACCAGCUCGACAGCGAGUCAAACAUGGAGCGACGGCGCAAGUGCCACAUCAUCCAAGACCAGCGCAGGCGGAGCAAGCAUAGAGUACAAGCCCAGCGCCGCCGAGCACAGUGGUCUCCUAGGCGGUCUCAUGCCCGUGGAGAGCACUCCCAUCUCGAACACGCGCACAGAGGCUUCCAAAAAACCCGCCAAGCCCGCAACGGUCGCGCAACGCACCGGCUUCAGCUUUGGCUUCGAAACCGAGACGCCCAUGUCGUCUAGCCUCAACAAUAUUUCAUCUUCUACCGUCGUUCCAGAUGAUUACACAAUAGGCAUUGCGUUCUCGGCACCCCCUUCGCCACGCAUGCUCGCCAUUGUUGAUCCAACGCUGGAUUUCACGCCUGUUGCUGCGUCGCCGUUGGACGUUGAGGAUACACCCCGUGCCUCGCAAUCCAUCGCCAUCAAUCCUGUAGUAUCUCCACCACCCACCUCGACGCCAACAACAGCAACACAAAAAAGGAGAUGCAGCAUUAGCACCCCCACAGCACCAAUCCGAAAGCCAAAAGACGCGCCAAAAUCCAAGAACAGAUUCAGCGCCCACUCGCUCCUGAGUAGCGCCAUGCCACCGAAAGCAUCGCAGCCAUCUAAGGCACCCCCCUUAAAGACGGAUAAGGAGCAGGAAGCUGGAAUGGGGAAGAGGAUACGCACGUUCAUUCGGGCCUAUCCCGGCUUCUAGAACUUUCUUCGCUCUACCUGCCUGGUGACCGAGAGAGUGCAAUCUCUGGUUUCAAUGCAGCAGUCUAUGUUUUUUAACCUUGUUUCGAAUAUGUCCUGCGUUUUUUGUAUGGGUAAUUUGCAGUAUGGCGUUUUCUUUUGGGAGGGGGGAGGGGUUCUGCUUUUCCACUCAUGAAUUUGUCAUAUACCCACCUUACCUACACUGCACUAUACUAUACUAGCGGCAUGGAUUUGGAAUACUACUUACUACAUUGAUAUUCACCAGUUCUGUCAUGCUGUGUUUUGUUUAUGCCUUCCAUAUCUCAAGCUUUGAUUAUUCGUCUGAGAUCCUCCC